CACCUGCGCUUCACAGUUUAAAUAAUCAUAUUCCAGUCAUGGUGUCAGAUUGGUAAAAAGGUGAAAAUCCGGUGCAAAAAAACAAUACUUCGGUACACUGACGUCAUGAUUUAUACUGCUCAUUAUACGCUAUAUGGCAGGGCUUUCUCAUUUCACACACUUCCUGUUGAGUUAGGAGAGCCAGCAGCAUCUGCGCUGAAAGCCAAGAGAAAAAAGGGUGAACUUAGAUUAGCAGAAGAAAUGAAUGUGGAGCAUGAAGUACAGUUAUUGGUCGAAGAGAUACGGCGACUUGGCAGCCCAAAUGCAGAUGGAAAGACCAGCGUGAAGUUUGGAGUCCUGUUUAGAGAUGACAGAUGUGCAAACCUCUUUGAAGCAAUGGUAGGGACAUUAAAGGCUGCCAAACGCAAGAAGAUUAUCUCUUUCCAGGGAGAGCUGCUCCUGCAAGGUGUCCAUGAUGAUGUGGAUGUUGUACUACUUCAAGAAUAAGGCAUUCCGCACAUAAUGUGCUGUAUGUUGACUUUACAAAAGUCAAAGUUUACAUUGAACAAAGAUCAUGCAAUAUCAUGGAAUAUCAUGCCGUUCACAAUAAUUGAGCCAUCUUGUCACAAAAUAUUUUAUAUUUCUUUAAGAACCAAAAUAUAUGGCAAGUUGCAUUUUUGUAAAGCAGUAUAAAUGUUUUCUCCUUAAUGUCACCUAUUUUAUACAGCGAAAAUUUGUAUAAAGUUGAGAGGAAAGGGCACAUAAAUUUAUACCGUACAAAUAUAUAUUUAAGUGAUAUAUAUUAUCUAAGAGUAGUAUUGUAAGAAACUGUAAUAAAUAGAUAAUCAUAUGUUACAAUGGCACUGUAUGAAAUUGCACAUCUAGUUAAUGGGUUAAGCAAAGCACUGUAUAAGACAAUAAUAAGGCCAAACAAAACCAGCUUAUAUGUGCAAGCUUGGAUAAGGUUGCAGGUAUUCUAGUAUUGUACUGCUUCUAGUAAAUGUAUUUUUUUGUGGAUCUAACCUCAUUACAAUGACACUGAAAUAUUUUUUAAUCCUCAUGUAAGCUGGUUUAAUCAGCAAUAAUAAAUACUAUAUACAUUGAAGCUUGGAAAAAAAAAAAAAAAACAUUUUCAACAUAAUAAACAUUUGUGAAAUUAA